CACAGACGUACAAAAAUGUCUAGGACUACCUGUUAUGAGUCAACCAGCGCAACAAUUAAGGUCUCCUUAAAUAGUGUUGGUAACAUAGCGUCUUUUCAGUCGACAAGUUUACAAAGUGUAGAGCGGAACGUGGGCAAGGGGAUUCCGAGGAAUCUUUAUUCGCAACGCAUUUUUCACAGGAAAAGUUUGGAAUUUGAAGAAAGCCAGGUAUCCUGUUUAACGACACGGAGGCACGGGACAGCGUCUGACGGUAACAAAGACUCCCCACGGCGAGACCUCGGCUGUUUACGGACAAGUACACGGUCGGCGUCACGGAGUUGUGUCAUCCAAAAACAUCACUCAAGGCUUGUAUUGAAAGGUAAGAUGAGGUGGCGACAAGUUUGGGCGGCCGCGCUGCUCGUGACAUGUUUUACAUACGCUGCAAACGCAGUCGUGCUCGGUAAUGAAGAAGUGGUGACGCCGAGGAUCAUCGUCCAGCCGGAGGACAUCGUGUACGACCCGUCCUCCUCCACCCAGCGGGUCACCCUGAACUGCAAGGGGGAGGGCAUCCCGGCUCCGCAGUACCGCUGGAGGAAGAACGGUCAAGAACUCAACGUACUGUCGGAUGAAAGGCUGACCCUGAUUGGUGGAAACCUGGUGAUUGACAACCCACAGAAGGACCGUGAUGCGGGACUGUACGAGUGUCUGGCCUUUAACGACCUCGGUAUUGUGGUCAGCAGGCCGAGCAACCUCACCUUCGCCUUUGUGGAACGGUUUUCGACGGACGCACGGCCCGGCAUGACAGUGCUGGAGGGACACGGGGCCAGGCUGGUGUGUGACCCGCCAGAGGGACACCCUGGACUGGUGUUCCAUUGGGUGAAGACUCAGUUCCCGAGCUUCGUGGACCAGGACGACCGCGUGUUCGUGUCGGAGACCUCGGGUGACCUGUACUUCGCGCAGGUGAGGGAGUCAGACGCCGGAGAGUACCAAUGCCUGGUGCAGAGCUCCACGGACCACUCACCGCUGAGUGAGAUCAGCAUAGAGGGUCGCUACAGUCCGCCCAUCACUCUCAGGGUCACCAGGAGACCGCCCGGCCAGGUGGCGCCCCAGCUCGCUGUGUCCGAGAGGAGCGUGUCCGCGCUGAGGGGAACGACAGUCAGGAUGGAAUGCUUCGCGUACGGAAACCCAGUACCCCGGAUCAGUUGGCGGCGUCUGGAUCAGUUCGGAGUGGAGACCCCUCUCCCUGUGAACCAUUACCUGGACAAGUGGAACCAGGCCCUCAUCAUCACCAAGCUGGACCUGCAGGACGCCGGCUUCUACGAGUGCCGGGCCGCCAGCUCCAGCGGGAGCGCCUCGGGAUCCACACAACUCAUCGUACAAGGUGUUCCGCAGUUCCUCCAGGGCCUGUCGAGUCAGCAUGUUGAGCUGGGCGGCAGAGCUCACUGGGAGGUCCGUACAGACGGCGACUACACCGUGUCGUACACAUGGCUGCAUAACGGACAGGUUCUAAACGGAGGCGGAAGAGUGGCUCUGGCUAGUUCAGGUUCCACUGCUUCGCUGAGCAUCUCGGGACUGCGUGCAGAGGACAGCGGUGUUUACCAGUGUGUGGCCUUCAACCAAUGGGGCAGGGCGAACAGCGCUGCGGAACUCAGGGCACAAGAUGAGCCUCCAUCGUUUGGACUGCGGCUCCUCCCAGAAAUCAUUGCGUCCGCUGGAGGUACCGUGGUCUUCAAUAUGCGCAGGCGCGGAGUGCCCGUACCAACGGUCACGUGGAAGAAGAACGGAGCAAACGUGCAACUUGGCGGGAGAUAUUCUAUGCUGGACGGGGGAAGUCUGAGGAUCACAGGUGUCCAGCUGUCCGAUGGUGGCAUGUACACCUGCCAGCUAACGAACCGGAUGGGAGCAGCCACCAGUACGGCCACACUCACAGUUCAAGACGGAUCCUCGCGGUCCAGUGGCAAUCCCUCGCGGGUGACAGUGGAUUACCAGCAGGACGGGACCCUUCCGUGCUCCACCGGCGGCAGCUCCUCUUCAGACGUCAUCAAAACCUGGUUCCACAACGGCCACCGCGUAGACCUGUCCAGCGACCACUACGUCAAGGAUUCAGACGGUUCCCUGAAGAUUCUACAGACCACCAAAGUCAUGGAGGGGACCUACGUGUGCUCUGUGGAAACGAGGACUGGCAGCCGGGAGCAGAGGGCUGUGCUCACUGUGCGUGCCUCUCCAGAUGCCCCUCUACAUGUUCGCGCCAGUGACGUCAGCAGCAGGACAGGUCGGGUCGCAUGGACUGCCGGGAGUGACAACCACAGUCCCGUGACAGGGUACAUCGUUCAGGGGAGGACACAGACGGACCGGAGCUGGACCACUCUGGAGUCAGGGUCUGCAGAGGUACUCGCAGACGACAGGAUGCAGACCACCGUGUCAGAGUUGUUGCCAGGCAACGAUUACGAGUUCCGCGUGCUCGGCAUGAACGCCAUCGGGCUGGGUGAACCAAGUCUUCCCUCGCCGAUAUACAGCACACAUUCAGAUGCCCCUGUCGCCAAGGUUGGCGGAGUCGGAGGAGGCGGAGGUGACAUCGGAGACCUGGUGAUCAGAUGGAACGCUCUAGCAGAGAAGUACCGAGGCGGACCCGGGUUUGGCUACAAGAUUUUCUUCAAGAAGCUCGGUUCGACAGACGACUUUUCGGUGGUACAGGUGACUGACCCGAACAUGGACCACUACGUGCACAGCCCCGACCCUCCGCUAGGCGUGUUCGUGGCGCACGAGGCCAAGGUUCAGGCCUUUAACCAGUACGGAACCGGUCCCAUGAGCGACAGGGCUGUGGUGUUCUCAGGAGAAGGACCACCGAAGCAGGUUAAAAACCUGAAGGCCAUCGACGCGACGGACAGCUCGGUCAGUCUUCGCUGGGACAUCCCGGAACACAACGGGCAGGUCAUCGGCUACCGGGUCCUCUACUUCCUCACUAACGAUGAUGAUGAAAAUGGUGCCAACUCGGCAGAGAUGAAGCAAUUAGACGUCGGACCAGAAACAACUACCGUUGUCGGGAAUCUAACGGCGGGAGAGUCAUACACCUUUCAGGUUAAAGGGAGGACGGCCAGUGGGUAUGGCCCUUACAGCGACGCAGUGGUGGCGAAAACGCGCGAGGCCGGCUUCUUGGCCCAGUCGUACGUCGGUGGUGUUCCCCUGGGACUGUUCCUCUUCAUCAUUUUCUUCCUGUUACUCCUCAUCUUGCUGUUCUUGCUGUGUUUCUGCUGUUGGUGGAAGGGGCUGUGCGAACACUGGUGGGGACUGUGCUGUGCCUGCUGUCUGUCCUGCUGUCCGUGCUGUGCUGGAUGUGCGGAGUACUGCGGCUAUGGCGGCAAGAAAAAGCAUAAGAAGUAUUACAGCGACGACUGGGAGCUCAGUGAAAUCGCCAUGCAGGAUUUCAAAUCUUCAGCUAUGUCUGAAGAGCACAAACUAGCCCUAAAGCGCCACCGUUCGACUAUCGUGGAACAUGUUAAUCCGUACCUGAUGACAGACUAUCUCCUGGAUAGAGGCAUCAUCACAAGUCCUAUCGCAGGCGAGCUGAGGCGGUCCGAGUCCCAACCGGAAGCUGUGGAAAAGAUUCUGGACAUGCUGCCGUCCCGGGGAGAUCCCGCCUUCUACGCCUUCUGUGACGGCCUCAGGGAUUCCUGUCAACUCGCCUGGCUGGCAGACCUUCUCGAGGGAGGAGGUACAAAAAAGAACCCCAGCUUUGUUUACAAGAAGGACCCCAAGAAUCCCUCCCUCUACUCCAAGAGCCCGUCCCUCCACCCCAAGAUCAUUCCCCUCGAAACCAAGUCACCCUCCCUUUACUCCAAGAGCCCAUCCCUCCUUCCCAAGAGCCCUCCCGUCGACUUCAAGACACCAUCCCAGAGCCCUUCCCUUCCAUCUAAGAGUCCUUCCUACCACUCCCAGACCCCCUCCUACGGAUCCAGGAAACCCUCCCUCGUCUCUAAGAGCCCAUCCCUCCAUCCCGAGAGCCAUCCCGUCGACUUCAAGACACCAUCCGCCCACUCCCAGAGCCCAUCCCUCCACUCCAAGAGUCCUUCCUACCACUCCCAGACCCCCUCCUCCGGAUCCAGGAAACCCUCCCUCGUCUCCAAGACCCCCGACUUCGUCUUCCUCCCAGAUGGUAUGUCUGAACGGUACAAGAAAGAGCUGAUCCGGUACAGGUUCCAUCUGCUGGAGCACAUCUUCCCGGAGCGCAUGCUGUACCAUCUGCUGCUGCGCAAGGCCAUCACUCGCACGGAGUUCAGUCUCGUGGAUCGCGAGAUGACCAAGAAGGGCGCCAACGAACAGCUCCUCUACAUCCUGCCGACCAAGGACGACGACGCUUUCUUCGCUCUGUGUGAGGGACUCCGGAGGGACUGUGAUGCAGGGUGGCUGGCAGACCUUCUGGAAGGGAAAGAGCUCCAAUCUCACCAGAAGGAGCUGCUGAUCACCCACAGGCAGGCACUGGUGGACAACAUGAACCCCAUCCCCAUCAUCGACUUCCUGGUGUCCAAGGACAUUCUCUCCAUCAACGUGGCGCAGGACAUCAAGAAGCUGAAGACGAAGCACGAGAUGAACGAGAAGCUGCUGGACAUCAUCAUGACGAUGAAGAGCGGCGCGUUCCUGAUGUUCAUCGUGGCGCUCCGGAUGCUGCCGGACUCCGCCUGGCUGGCCGACCUGCUGGAGGAACCCACUGUUGACACAGCUAUGAGGAAGGACCGACGAGACAUGCUGCUGGCGUUCAGAUCUAUCAUCAUCAACAACGUGAAGGACACGGACAAGGUCAUCGAGUACCUGGUUAAAAUGGAGGUCUUGGCACCAGCUCAAGUGAACGAUUUGAACAGUCUCCGUGCGGAGGAAGCGAAGUGUGGGAAGUUGCUGGACAUGCUGCCACCACGUGGUGACGAGGCUUUCGAACAUUUCUGUGAAGCGCUGAGAACUAGGGUUCACCUGGCCUGGCUGGCUGACACCCUGGAGGGAGAAGGAAUGACCAGCGCGAAGAAGCUGCAGCUGAUCCGUCACCGCGCGGUGCUGGUGGAUAAGAUGUCUCCGGAGCCCAUCAUCACGUACCUGUCCCAGAGCCAGGUAGUCGGCAGACCUCAGGUUUUCUCCAAAGCCAUGGGUAACUACAUCAUCAACGCGCCUCUUCGUGAGGAGAGGAACGAGCGGAUUCUGGACCUGUUGCCGUCCCGGGAUGACCUCGCCUUUGACGUGUUCUGUGAGGCCCUCAGGACCAUGGGCAAACAGGCCUACCUGGCCGACAUGCUGGAUGGUAAACAGACAGCCGUGCAGAGUGCAGAGAUGAACGGAGUGGGACUACAGCUGGUGCAGCACCCCUUUAACCUGAUGUCAGGCACGUCCGUACGGGCGCACAGGGGGCAGCAGGUCAUCCUGGAGGUCAAAGGGGAAGCCAAGAACGUCCGAUGGUUGUACGAAGGAGAGAUGAUUCCGCCAACUAAAGGUCUGCAUAAAAAGACGGACGGAUUCAAGCACGAGCUGCGCAUCGACAGCAUGACCCCCGAGCUGGGCGGGACCUACACUUGCGAGGGCACCACGCCAGGGGGCGGUGUUGCCUGUGACAUCACCAUCAUCGUCAUGACCGAGGAGGAGCUUCUGCUGUGAGAGGCUGACUUGGUGAAUGAAAUGAAGUGCACAGUGAAAAACCAAUGUUGAAAGCUAAGGAGAGGACCAUUUACUUUUCAUGGUGUUCAUUUUUAAUGAGAGAAAUUAUUCUAUUUGUGCUGAAUGAAAUUCUUCAUUAAACCAUAUGUGCAGCAGACAUUCAUCUAAUGAUGUUUGGAGGCGUGAUAAACGAACUGCGACUGCGAUAAUAGAUAGACUUCCAAUCUUAUAUACUACAAAGUUGGAACACAAUAUUUACGUCAUUCAAGCCCUAGAGUUCCUGCCAUGAGAUGUUUAGAUAUGUUGCAUCGCAUAUAUGUUGCCAUCGAUUGUAUUUCUUAAAUGAAAUGUAGAAUAUAUAAUUAAUACAAGAAACAUAGGUCCAUUGCAUACAUGUAACUUAGCAAUACGUAUACCCUCUUGUUAAAUUUCUUGGUGCUAUCACUAUGUGUUAAAAGACAAAGCCUUUCUCCAACGUAGCAUAUUCUAGUCACUUCUAUUGAUUGCAAUUCCAUAUGACGAUAGUUUAAGUGCAAUUUAUCCUGAUGUAUAUCCAGUAGAAAGUUAGAAGAUGCUACUGCACUGAAUUUGUAAUCUAAUCUUUGUAGAUUGGAGUUAUUCGGUAUGUAAAUGAUUUGGUGUAGGGUUUGAAGCGGUCGACAAGAAGAAAACAGUGUUCUGAGAUAUAUCAGUUGUAAAUAGCACACUGUAGGCAGCUAACGUUAGAUAUAGAUUUAGUAGGGGUGAAUUGCUUUGUUUGGAUUUGUACAUAUCACAGAAAUAAGAGUCAUUUUUGGUUGCUAUUCCUGACGUUUAGCGUACAGAUAGAUACGAUUAAAGCUUUGCCUUUAGUACCUACGUUACUUGCCAAGAAUAAAACGGUAGCCAAGUUAUCACUUAACCCUGCUGCUACAGAGUAACUAUGCCAGCACAUCAAUAAACAGUGAAAUGGCGAUGUUGGAAGCUAAAGAGAGUACCAUUUACUUUUUAAUGUGUUCAUGUUUUCAUGAGAGAAAUGAUUUUAUUUGUGCUGAAUAAAAUUCUUCAUUAAACCAUG